AAAAAAAGAAAAAACUUAACAUAAAUCAUUUUUUUCCACUAUGUGCUAAAUACUUUCAAAUCCAUCAUCCCACUGCUUCCUUAUCCUCAACUGAGGGAAUUGCAGAUUUGUUUAUAUAUAUAUUAUACAGGUGGCCAAACAGGUCUCGAGAAAAUGAAACUUGCUAGAGAUCAUUUAGUUAGUAAGCAUCUGUGCCAGAACUGCAAGACAUAUUUUUCUUACUCCAAGUUCAGUAGGGCUUUUCAUUUUCCACAGCUGUUAGGGUUUAAGGUGAUAGAUAGCUGGGCAAUUAUGCAAACUCUGGCACUAAAGAAUCAGUCAAAAGAAAGAUGGAUCCUCCAAUUAACUUAUACCAGUUAUUCCCUUUUUGAGAGAAUUCUUUUCUUUAGAUGUCUUCUUGACCUGCUCCCCUCAAAUGCCUCCUGCAGAGAGUGAGUCAUCUUUUGGAGCCAUUCCUCAGUGCUGAAGCUUCAUAUUGAAGCAGAAGCUGCUUUUCACCUCUUUCGUUCUAGAAACUAGCUCCACCCAUGUAUUCUUUUCUUGGGAGCUUAACAGGAAAGAUAUGGGUCAGUUUCACCAUCAGUACGUAAAAUACGACUACUAUUAUUUUGUGCACAUAGAUAGGAGGAUGGCUAUACUCUGUCUUGGAUUAGAGUUUACUGUCUGUAUUUUCUGUGUUCCCCACCAGACUGCAAUCUCCUAAAUUUGGAGAAUAUAGUUGAUUCACCUCUGUUUUUCUCUCUUGCCACUAAGUUCUAAUAGAAUGCCUAGCAUAGAAGGUACUCAUCAAGUGGUUGCUGAGUGACCAUAAAUUAAUUAUCCCUAUUUUGGAAUGACAACAGUUAUUAUAUCCUCCAAACACCACCAAAAGACAUCAUGCUAUUCUCAAAAAGAAAGGAAUUUCCAUGUAAUAUAUGGUGGAAUCAAACAGUGAGAUGUCCUACUUCCAGGAGAUUGCUAGUCACCAUUGUGGAUAAGCCAAAAAGAGUGGGCAGCACUUCUUCCCUUCUACGAUUCACCUCUCCAUGACCCAGCCUACCCUUUGGAAUUGUUUCUGUUGAGGAUAAAAUGAGCCAUUAUUGGGCUGUGGGAGGUAGGAAAAAGAAGCUGGAGUCUUGGUAGUAUAGUCACUGAGUAACUGGUCCUAAAGCUGGGCCAACUCCUUUCUUCGUAUAUGGGAAGUAGAGAAGCCACUGGGCCCUGAACAUGCAGACUUGAAUUUUGCUUUUAGCUCUACCAUUGAACACUGUGUGACUUUGGGAAAAUUCUAUCCCUUUUCUGAGCAUUAGUUUCCUCAUCUUGGAUCAUCAGGGAAUGGGGUUAAGUUGUCCUGAAUAAUACUUUUAGGAUCCCAUGACUAUAUGUUUUCAAUUAUCUGACAGUUUGAAGUUUUAACUGGUUGCCAAAGAGAAGGAAAAAAAAAAAAACCAAAAAAAAAAAAAACAAAAACGAUGGAAUGUGCUGUCUUAUGAGUACUAAGGUGCCUGUUACUAAAGGACUUCAAGUAGAGCUGGAUGGUAUUUCUUUACUGGGCAAAAGGCCACUGGGACGAAGAUUAAUUUUAAACCUCCCUUUGACUCUAAGAUUGUCAGAGUCUAAAAAUGGUCUCAAAGAAUGUGCAUUUACAUAUGAGGUCAUAGGCUUCUUGUUAUCAGUCUCACCUUCCCUCCACAACCUCACAAAGUCCUAUACCUUUCUCCCUUUUCUUGGGCAUUUAAGAAAAAAGUAAAGAAAUAUUUUGGCCGCAGCAUUUCAUUUUGUACAGACAAGCCUCAUUCUAUAGUUCUCAUUCUAUUCUUCCAGUCCUUUGGUAAGGAUGUGGACCUGGGUUGUGCUUGCAAAUGCCCACUGGUUUGUAUCUCUGCUCUUUUAGGAUAUUUUAUUCCCUGGCCUAUGAGGAUGGGAUGGAGUACUUGAUUGCCAUGGGGAAAAAAAGAAACUCUUCUUAUUGACAUCUUCAGAUACAGCUAUUCCAGAUUGCUUGCCUUCCCACCAUGGAUUGCCAAGAAAAUGAGUACUGGGACCAAUGGGGACGGUGUGUCACCUGCCAACGGUGUGGUCCUGGACAGGAGCUAUCCAAGGAUUGUGGUUAUGGAGAGGGUGGAGAUGCCUACUGCACAGCCUGCCCUCCUCGCAGGUACAAAAGCAGUUGGGGCCACCACAGAUGUCAGAGUUGCAUCACCUGUGCUGUCAUCAAUCGUGUUCAGAAGGUCAACUGCACAGCUACCUCUAAUGCUGUCUGUGGGGACUGUCUGCCCAGGUUCUACCGAAAGACACGCAUUGGAGGCCUGCAGGAGCAAGAGUGCAUCCCGUGCACGAAGCAGACUCCCACCUCUGAAGUUCAAUGUGCCUUCCAGUUGAGCUUAGUGGAGGCAGAUGCACCCACAGUGCCCCCUCAGGAGGUCGCACUUGUUGCACUGGUGAGCAGCCUGCUAGUGGUGUUUACCCUGGCCUUCCUGGGGCUCUUCUUCCUCUACUGCAAGCAGUUCUUCAACAGACAUUGCCAGCGUGGUGCAGGAGGUUCGCUGAAGUUUCAGGCUGAUAAAACAGCAGAGGAGGAAUCUCUCUUCCCCAUGGCACCCAGCAAGGAGACCAGUCCUGAGCCCCAAAUGAGUGAGAGCAUCUUUCAGACCCAGCCACUUAACCCUAUCCUCGAGGACGACUGCAGCUCGACUAGUGGCUUCCCCACACAGGAUUCCUUUACCACGGCCUCCUGCGCCUCAGAGAGCCACUCCCACUGGGUCCACAACCCCAUCGAAUGCACAGAGCUGGACCUGCAAAAGUUUUCCAGCUCUGCCUCCUAUACUGGAGCUGAGACCUUGAGGGGAAACACAACCGAAAGCACUGGAGACAGACUGGAGCUCAAUGUGGACUUUGAAGUUCCCAGCCCUUAACUCUAAUGAGGUGAGCUGGAAAGGUGGAUCAGAAAAAAUAAAAACAGCAACAGAAAACAAAACAGAAAUUAAGGACUAGCCUCAAGGAAUUCCCCUCUGGAAUAUUAUUGUUUACUAAGAGUGGAGGAACAGCAGCAAGCUAGGAACACUUGUGGGUGGAGGGGCAACAGUGGUGAUGCUAUACUUCUAAGCCAGAUAGAUAUCACACUUCUGGGUCUGCAGCUGUCAGGGAACUGGCAAGGUUCUCAUGACACCAGUCUCUCCAUUCUGGCCUUUUUCAAGCUGUCUCAGGGCGCCACUAUCUAAUGGUCAUAUUCAGGUAUCUCCCUUUAUUUGUACAAGCAACAUAGCACAGUAGAAAAAAAUAUAUACAAGCCUUGUCAUCUGGAAACCCUACAUUUCAAAUCAACCUCCAUUCCCUAAUAACUAUACAAACCUUGUGCGUAUAUCCCUUCAUUUUAUGUUUUACAGAGGCAGGAACUGAGACACAGAGAGGGAAAGUUAGUUUCUCAAAGUCACAGAGCAAAUUAGUGGGCUAGAACUGGGCAAGAACUACAUUUUAGAGUUGGUCCAACUCCACCAUUGCAACCAUUUGAUAGCCAAUGUUGGUUUCUCAAAGGCUUACGUAGCAUGAGGUAGAAGAGUAGGUAGAUUCCCAGUUUUCAACUAACCAAAUAUCUUGCACUGUUCAAUUCUGUAUUUCUUCAGUUAAUACAUUUUCAGCUCUCCCAAUGUCUUCCCUGCUCCCUGCAUCCAACCUAAGAAAAUGUGAACAAAUGUAUAUUUGAAAAUCAUAAGUGAUAUCAAAUUUGAAAGUUAUAACUGAUAUCAAAUCAGUCAACUUAGGUACCUUCAAGGUUAUCUAGUCCAGUUCUUCUUCCAAGGCUUGGGUUCAUUUUAUAAUAUCCCCACUAAGAGUUUGUGUAGUCCUUGCUCACAUACUUGAGGUGGCAGAGGGCUGACUACUACUCAAUGUAUAUUACAACAUAUACAAUUGUGACUGGUGGAUUUGAGCUCAAUGUAAGAAAGAGCUUUCCCUAUAGUACCCGCCUAUCCAUCCUGGCUCUGUUCCUUGUGCCAGACAGACCUCAUCAGUUUCCUGUGCUUUAAGAUAGCCCUGCAGAGGCUUGAAGACAACAUUGCCUCUCUGGAGAAUACCACUUUAGGUUCUUCUAAAGUAUGUGGAGCUUAGAACUAAACCCAUCUUCAGGAUAAAUGAUUUCACCAAUGUAGAAUAGGGUAGAAUUGUCAUAUCCCUAUCUAAGUAAUGUGUUUCUGCUAUUUCAUCCUCAACCAUUGGCUUAACCUGUGAUAUUUGGAGGGGUAGAGAGAGAAGGGUACUCGUGACAUUUACCCACAUGUUUCUAACUUGAUCUGCUCCCUCCCUAAGUCUCUUUGGCUCCUGGCAGCCAGUUGUUCUCUCUGGACUCUGCUUCCUUGUUGCUAUACCACAACAGCAGCAGGGGCCUGAAAUGGGGUGUCCGCAAGAGCUAAUACUCUACAGAUGUGGCAUAUCCUGUCCCAUACCACCAGAAUACUCUACAGAUGUGGCAUAUCCUGUCCCAUUCACCAGGACUGAUCUGGAGCAUUUCUUGCUUCCCGGCUGUAGUCUGGGGAGCCAGAUUCCACAUUCAUGGGACUACCAGACAUGUUCCUAGCUCAACUUGAUUAUAGAGAAGAGGAGAGAGGACAGUGAAUGAGGUAGGGUUUCCAUGCCUGCAUUUUUGGUCAGGUAAGCCUCUCAAAAUUGUGUCAGCACAUCUACCUAGCACUUUAGGGACAAAAUCAAGCCCUUCUCCCCUUUUAGCUCCUCCACACAGCCUCCCUCCUCAACAUACACACACACACACACACUCACACACUCACACACACAUAUACAUACACACACACACGUGUUAAUAUCUAUCUUGGGGGAGGCUGGUGCCAUAAUUCCCAAGCUCAUGUCUCAGACUGCUGCGUUGCAGCAUGAGGCAGGGCAAACAUUUUCCCUUUAAACCCCUGGGGCCUCACCCUGUAUUUGAGGUGCUCACCACCCUCAGCAGGGAGAAGGGUUGAAGUUUGCCAUUUUGGAACCUUACAGAACAUUUCUGAGUCAAAAUAAUCUUCCUUCUGGGGCCUGGGUUCCCCAAACUACACCCAAGCAGUCCCUCAAAGACAGCCCCCAAUCCAUUUAAGGACAUCUGAGUAUGCAUCUUUCUAUUGAAAUGUCAAUUCAAUCCCAGCUCUUUCACCACUGUUCCCCUUUGAUUCUUUCUCAAUCGUCUUUUUGCCUUUAGCUCCCACCUAUACAUCUCAUGCUCAGAGAAAAACAAGCUCCUUGGAGGUUGUAUUGUUUAUUACCUGAGAAUCUGUCUGAAACUUGUACAGCUAGUUCCUGUCCCACAAGUAUUAGGUGGUUUAUUAAGUACAUUAGACAGAAUGUGCACUUCAUCACCAGGUUCUCACUCUGGCAAAAGAGUGUUCUCUACAGCAAGAGUUUUGCUUUUAGAAUUUUAUUAAAUACAUCUUUUGGGUUAGUCCAUCUGCAAACACUGAUUAAGGGCCCCUGGGGCAACCAGUUGAUCAGAUUACUGAAAGCACUUGGGAAAAAGCAAAAAGGUCCCAUUGUACUGGACUGAGGAUUAGAUGCAAUUGAAAUACAAGCCGGUACCAAGCAAGCAGUCUGGCCCCACACAGGUAUUAGCAAAUAUGUGGUAACCAAGGUUUUAGGCCUUGGCCUUUAGGUUUGCUGUUUUGGGUUUUUUUUUUUUUUUUUUUUUUUUUC